AUAAGAGAGAAAAAACCACUCAGAUCAACAAAAAACAACAACUACAGAAAGAAUGGGUAGGAAAAAAAUAGAUCUUAAGAGAAUAGAGUGUUCAAAAGAGAGAAGUGACAAAUACUCGAAAAGAAAAAACGGGCUUUUAAAGAAGGCACAAGAGAUUGAAGUGUUGUGCAACAUUGAUAUUGCCUUAAUUAUAUUUUCUCCGAAGAACAAAGCAAACAUAUAUCAUUCUGGUUCCUUCGGAAAAAUUUUGGAGAAGUUUUGCAAGGUUUCAUUACAAGAACGGGAAGAUAGGAGAGCAUACACAAUAAAGACGUUGAAGAAAAUAUUGAGCAUGAACAAUACAGAAAAUUCCACUGAAAAUGUUCACAUUUUCCAUGAAGGAGGUGAAGUGAUCCAGGAUGAUAACAAGAUUACUAAACUGAGAGAACUCAAAGAAUUGAUUGUUGAGAAAAAGUUAAUUUACAGGGACUGGAAAUAUCCGGAAGAAGUUAAUGAUUUGAACAGGGUCAACAUCAUGGAAAAUUAUUUAAUAUCUUUUCUAAGCCAUAUUGGAAAUAUCAUAAAGAUUAAAACCCAAGAAGAACAGCAAAAUCUUAUAUGAUACAAAAUGAAAAUAUUAUUUGUAAUUAGCACUAGAAAAUCAUGUUAUGUUUAAUUUUUUCUUCAACUACUUAUUUGUAAUAUGUUACA